AUGGCAAAUAUGGAUAAGAUUAAGUCUAUGUUUGAGAGAAUGACAGUCGAGAUAGCAAAUUUCUCGGUGAGGCAGACUCAGCUCGAGAAUCAACAUGAAAGGGAUUUUGCUGAGCUGAAAGAGUCUAUUGAUGCUGUGAAGAGGUAUGAUCGAGGAAAGGGGAUAGAAGACUUGGAUGGAGGAGGCGAGAUCUACACCCCUACAGGCAACCCUGCUGCGUGGGUACAUGGUGGUAUUACCACAAAUCAGUUUUCUCCAGCUGCCUACCACUUGGGGUUUGGGCCCUUGCCUCAAUUUCAAGGGCCAAGGGGGGUUGCUUCUCCCCACAGACCAACCUUUACAGCUCCUGUUCAAGGACAUUCUACUGCUGUCGGCAACAAUAGAGGGGGUUAUGCUCAAGGACAAACUUCAGCUGGACAAAAUGGUGGUGGUGAACCACCUCCUGCAGCUCAGAACUCGACUGCAACAUCACCAAGAGGAACAAAUCUGACCAGGAUGACCAAGCUGGAGUUCCCUCGUUUCAAUGGCCUCAACCUUAGGGCUUGGCUUUCCAUAGAGUGGCAUCUUGCCUAUUUGAGAAGUAGAUCUCACUUACCCUACCCUAGCUGGGAUGAGUAUGUGUAUGCUCUCAUAGAUAGGUUUGGGGCUGAGUAUGCUGACUCUAUGUCUGAGCAAAAGCUAGUAAGGCAAGUGGGAGUGGUGGAAGAUUACCAGAAGGAGUUUGAUAGGAUCAUGACCCGGCUGCACAUCCUUCCUGAAUAUGCUAUUAGUGCUUUCAUCACUGGUCUCAAACCAGAAAUUAGAUUUACUGUGAAGAGUCAUCGACCCUUUUCCCUACCCCAGGCUUACCAGUUGGCUAGAAACACUGAAGCUCAAGUGAAUGCUCAGUUGAAGAUGAUUAAGUCCACACUGUACAGUGGAGGGUCAUCUCAUACUAGGAGCAACACUUAUGGAUCUUCUUCAAAGGGAGGUUUCCCUAAGAAGGAAGGAAACAUGCUUAAAAGAGAGGCUGCUGCUAACUGGAACAAAGGGAAUACAAGGAAGUUAACUACAGCUGAAAUGAAUGAAAAGAGGCAGAAGGGAUUAUGUUUUUUUUGUGAUGAGAAAUUUUUUCCUGGUCAUAAGUGUAGUAGCUCCAAACAGUUGUAUUUGUUGGAGGUGGAAGAAGAAGGACAAGAGGAGGAAGAAUCAGGAGACCUAGUAUUGGUAGAGGAACCUGCAGAGGUAACUGAAGAAGCAGGAGAAGAGGUGAAGGGAGAAGUGUGUGAAAUAUCAGUCCAUGCUCUUCAUGGAGUGCCAACAUUCCUUAAUUUAAGAGUGACUGGUUAUUGCCAGAAAAGACCACUAAGUAUAUUGGUCGACCCUGGUAGUACACACAAUUUCAUUGAUGAUGAUGUAGCAAGAAGCCUGGGAAUUGCUACCCUGAAGAUUAAUCCUCAAACUAUCAAUGUGGCAGAUGGGAACAAUAGGCAGACAAAUGAACUUUGUAAGAACUUGACUUGGCUGCUGCAAGGGGUCACUUAUACAGCAGAUUUUCUACUGUUACCAUUGGGCUCUUGUGACUUGAUAUUGGGAGUACAAUGGCUGCUGCCAUUAGGGGAUGUUAAGCUGAACUUUCAGGAGCUUACCUUGGGAUACAAUUACCAAGGAAGGGAGUGUAUAUUGAAGGGGGAGGUGGACAAGGUAAAAACUGUGGAGGCUAAGAAGUUGGAUAAACUAGCUAACAAUGGGGGACAACUAUUUAUGUUGAGAGUACUGCCCAGGGAGGAGGCACAAACAGAGGAUAGCAUCAACAUACCUUCACAGAUGCAGCCAUUGAUUGAGGAGUACCAUCAGCUGUUCACUGAUCCUAAGGGAUUACCUCCCUCUAGAGGACCAUUUGAUCACAAAAUACCAUUGCAGGCAGGGUGUAAUCCUGUAAAUCUCAGACCUUACAGGUAUUCUUCAUCACAGAAGGAUAUCAUUGAAAGGUUAGUGCAGGAUAUGCUUGAUCAAGGAAUUGUGCAGCCAAGUUCCAGUCCAUAUGCAUCCCCAGUAGUUCUAGUAGGAAAAAAAGAUGGCAGUUGGAGGCUGUGUGUGGAUUACAGGGGCCUAAACAAGGCCACCAUCAAAGACAAGUUCCCUAUCCCAAUCAUAGAAGAACUUCUGGAUGAAUUGGGUGGUUCACAGGUCUACUCCAAGAUAGACCUUAGGUCUGGGUACCACCAGAUCAGGAUGACCACAGAAGAUAUAGCCAAGACAGCAUUCAGAACCCACUCAGGGCACUAUGAGUAUUUGGUAAUGCCUUUUGGACUUACCAAUGCCCCCUCUUGCUUCCAGAGUUUGAUGAAUAAUGUGUUCAAGGAGCAUCUCAGGAAAUUUAUUUUGGCAUUCUUUGAUGAUAUCCUAGUAUUCAGCAGGAACAUGCAUGAGCACUUGGUACAUCUUAGGAUAACAUUUGAGUUAUUAGUGAAACACCAUCUGUUUGCAAGGAAAUCAAUAUGUUCUUUUGGGGCCAGUAGAAUUGAAUAUUUGGGGCACAUUAUAUCUGCUGAAGGGGUAGCAACUGACCCUAAGAAGAUUGCUGCAGUACAGUCAUGGCCUUCACCAAAGAAUGUCAGGGAACUAAGGGGCUUCUUAGGGUUGGCAGGUUAUUAUAGGAGAUUCAUCAAGCAUUAUGGAGUGAUCAGUAGGCCCUUGAUAGAGCUGCUCAAGAAAGAUGGGUUCCAAUGGUCUAACAAGGCAGAGGUAGCAUUCAACAAUCUAAAAACAGCCCUCACAUCAGCACCAGUGCUGGCACUUCCAAGCAGCCAGCUUAUGUUUGUAGUGGAAACUGAUGCAUGUGACUAUGGUGUUGGGGCUGUGUUAAUGCAAGAUGGUCACCCUAUAGCCUAUCUCAGCAAAGGUUUAUCAGGAAGGCAUCAAGCUUUGUCAGUUUAUGACAAGGAACUGUUAGCUCUUGUCAUGGCUGUUACCAAAUGGGCACAAUAUCUAAUGGGAAGACACUUUGUGGUAAGAACUGACCAGAAGGCACUGAAGUUCUGUUAG